AUGGGCAGUCAACUGUCCAAGUCUCCCUCAUCCCGGCCGCAAGAAAAGGACGCUUCUGUUUGUCUGCACAAGAAAAAGGCGGAGGAUGGCGUGCAAUCGUGUGCCUAUGACGAAAAGAGCGCUGCUUAUUCUCUCGAGGCUCGUGAACCGCACGCCCUGCCUCUGGAAGCCGUGGCUCUGAUCCCGAGCCAGUUUCUGCAGGACCCCCGGAAUAGACUUGCGCUGUCAGCAUUGAGCUCGGCCGAUCCUCGUGCUGUCUUGACCUCACAGGCGUCCAAGAUUACCAACCAGCACGUCUUCAACACCAAGAUUCCUUCCGAGGGCGCCCCAAUCACGAACCAGCGAUCAAGUGGUCGAUGCUGGUUAUUUGCCUCCACCAACGUGUUCCGCCUGGCGCUUAUGAAAAAGUACAACCUGGAGGCGUUUGAGCUUUCCCAAGCAUACUUGUACUACUAUGACAAGCUUGAGAAAUCCAACUGGUUCCUGGAGCAGAUCAUCGGCACUGCCGGCAAGGACCUAGAAGAUCGCCUGGUUCAACGGCUGUUGGGGGAUCUCGUCUCCGACGGCGGUCAGUGGGACAUGGUGUAUAACCUCGUGGAAAAGUACGGCCUUGUCCCGCAGGCGCUCUACCCAGACAGCUGGAACGCCAUGAACUCCUCGGUGCUCAACGCCAUCCUGAAGACAAAACUGCGAGAGUUCGCCCUGAAGCUCCGCAAGUUGCUGCUCGCGCCCGUGCCGCCAGCCCCCGGUGUCGUCGUCGCCGUCAAGACCACCAUGAUGAAGGACGUCCAGCACAUCAUAACCCUGCUCUUGGGGCCGCCCCCGAACCCGACCAAGGCAUUCACAUGGCAGUACGUGGACAAGGACGGCAAAGCCCACCAGCUGACCGUCACACCCAAGCACUUUGCCAGCCACAUCGCGUCAUCCUCGUUCCAAGCCAGCUCGUCCACCAUCUCGGGCAUGGUCUCGCUGGUCAACGACCCGCGCAACGAUUACCUGUCUCUGCUGACCGUUGACCGGCUGGGCAACGUCGUCGGCGGCCGAAACGUCACCUACAUCAACGUCGACAUGGAGACGCUCAAGUCGGCCUGCGUCAAGAUGAUCAAGGCCGGUCUCCCCGUCUUCUUUGGCUGCGACGUCGGCAAGUUCAGCGACCGCGCCUCGGGGGUCAUGGACCUCGGCAUUUUCGACUACGAGGUGGGCCUCGGCGCCGGCUUGCGCGCAAUGACCAAGGAGGAGAGGCUGCGGGCGGGCGAGUCCCUCAUGACGCAUGCCAUGGUGCUUACGGCUGUGCACCUGGACGACAAGACUGGUGGGCCGGUUCGGUGGAGGGUGCAGAAUAGCUGGGGGCCUGACAGCGGCGACAAGGGAUGGUUCGUCAUGACGGACGAGUGGAUGGACGAAUUUGUCUACCAGGCCGUUGUGGAUGUCAGGUUUCUGAGCAAGGAGGUGAGGGAUGUUGGGGGGCAGCAGCCAGUGGUUUUGCCGUUGUGGGAUCCAAUGGGUUCCUUGGCGUGA